CGUAAAUAUAUUUUUAGUUGACGCUUCGUCUGUUGAGAUAGGUGGCGCCGCCUGCUCAUUUGCUAUACAUAUAUUGAACGAGUCACAGUCAGAAUACAUAGAAUAACAAUAAACAACAAAUCAAGAAAAGUCAUCGCAGUGAAAUCAGCAAAAAAUGGAUUCGGUUACAACUUUAUACAGAGACCUUAAAACUGAAUGGGACAAAUCGGGACCAAAUCUACGAAAAUGCGGUUCAUUGUUGGAUCAACUCAAGAUUGAGCUGACUAAGCUAAUUUUCUUGCCAACUGGUGAAACUGGUGUUUCGAAAAAGGAAUUGUUGAUUGCACGAGAUGUUUUGGAAAUAGCCGUACAAUUCAGUGUGGCCACCAAGGAUGUUACAGCAUUUGAACGUUACAUGUCUCAGUUGAAGUGCUAUUACUUCGAUUACAAGGCUGAGAUUGGUGAAUCGUCCAACAAGUAUCAAUUGCUCGGUUUGAAUUUGUUGUUCCUUUUGUCGCAAAAUCGAGUUUCCGAAUUUCAUACUGAAUUGGAAUUGUUGCCACAAGAAAUCAUCCAAACAAACGAAUUCAUUCGACACCCAUUGGCACUUGAACAGUGUUUGAUGGAGGGUAGCUACUACAAAAUCUUCAGAGCUAAGGGUCAAGUACCAGCACAAAGCUACAAUAUUUUCAUGGAUCUUUUGCUGGAAACAGUUCGCGAUGAAAUUGGUGCAUGCUUGGAAAGCUCAUACGACAAGAUUUCCACAAAAGAAGCACAAAAACGAUUGAAUUUCAAAAACGAAAAGGAAGCUAUCUCUUUUGGUAAGAGACGUAAUUGGUCUUUAGGUCCGGGCAAUGUGUACACAUUUGCCAGCCAAACAAACAAACCAAAAGAACCAGUGCCGUCAGUUGAAUUGGUUGAACAAGCCAUUUUCUAUGCGCGUGAAUUGGAAAUGAUUGUUUAAUUUAGUUUUAUACUUCUAUUUUCCUACUAAAAACCAUCAACUUAUUGAAUGAUAUCAUCAUCGGCAUUAAUAAGCGAAAUAAAGAGCAUUAAUUGAGAAAAAAA